UGAGGAAAGAGUGCAGAAAAUCGGAAAAUAGAAAAAAAAAAAAAAAGAAGAAGAAAACUUCCAAUUAUUAUACCUUUUCAACUGUGGAGAAGGAACUCAAAGACUUGCCCAUGAAUACAAAAUGAAGUUAGCAAAAUUGGAUCAUAUUUUCAUCACCCACAGAAGUUGGGAAAAUUUAGGUGGUUUAUUAGGGUUAUCACUAACGAUACAAGAUAUAGGAGUACCUGAAAUAACCUUACAUGGUCCCCCAGGCAUUGAUUUGCUAUAUGAUGCAACUGAAAAGUUUGUUUUAACCAGAGAUUUGAAAAUUGUAAAGAGAAAUCACAAUGAAAAGCCUUAUAGUGAUUCUUGCAUGGAAAUACAAUAUAUCCCCAUUUACAAACCUUCUAAUAGUCAGGAAAUGCUUAGCUCUUCAUCAGAGUCUGACUCAUCAGAUGGACAUGAGAAGUUCAGAAAACUGAAGUCAUCAGAAGUUUCGUCUGAUUCUGAUUUAAAUGAAUUUGAAUCUCCUUCACGUAAACCUAAGAAAUUGCGGCUGUCGAGGUACAAAGCAUAUUCUGACAUGACAAUGGCUUAUGUGUGCAAGGGUCACAGCAAACCCGGCCAUCUUUUAAUACACAAGUGUGUUGAAGAAGGUGUACCUCCGGGCCCAUUAUUAGGAGAACUGAAGAAUGGUAAAGAUGUAAUUUUACCUUCAGGGAGAACAAUUUAUUCUAAGGAUGUAGUAUCUCCUGAGGAAUUAUGUCCUCUUUUUUUAGUUGUGGAAUGUCCUUCAGAAGAAUUUCUGGAUCCUUUUGUCGGUGAAGAAAAAUUUAGAUGCUACCAGUCAAAUGACUCUGAGUCAUCUGAAACAGCAGCAUUGGUUGUACACUUCACACCACCUCAUGUUUUAAAAUGCUUAAAAUAUCAGCAAUGGAUGAAGAGGUAGCUAACUGGUUUUUGUUGAAUUAGCAACUUAAAACUGUUGUUAGAAAAAUUGGUUAGUUAUUAAAAUUUUAAGGAAAUUAAAUUCAAAAGCUAUUUUUUGUAAUUUUUUUUUUAAUAGCCAUGAAGAUUUUAUGAAUUUAUC